AUGGUAGAGGAAAGGGCUAAAUUCAGGGAGGAGUGGAGAGUAUACAACUUCCUGGUGAAAUUCAAGCUUACUGUCCCUUUGGGGCCCACGGUGGAAACCAAGAGAGAACAGCUUCCAACUCCAGAUGAUGACAGUGAGAAUGGCAGUGACAAAGAGGAUGAGCAGCCUCAAGUGGUGACACUGAAAAAGGGGGACUUGACUGCAGAAGAAGCAAUGAAAAUUAAGCAACAAAUCAAAGAGGCCUUAAAAUCAAAAGAAUCAGAUGAUGAACCAGAACCUGCUGAUGGAAAAAUUAUGUUCAGGAAGCCUGCCAAACGCUCAUCAGAGAAGUGUUCAGACCUCAAUGUAAGUUCAAGUAAGAAGAUAAAAGAGGUGAAGAAAGCUAAAAAAGAAGCAUCUACACCCCAAAGUGCAGUUAAGCAAAUAAAAAACAGCAGUCUUCUCUCAUUUGAUGAUGAAGAAAAUGAUGAUUAG